AUGUUGACGAUACACAUUGAUGUUAACGUUGAUGAUAACGUUGACAAUAAUGGUGAUGAUGAUGAUCCAGAUACAGUGAUACUUGUUAAUGAAAAUGUUAGAUCAGAUGAAGAAAUCGAGAAAGAAAUUUAA